AUGCCAAGCAAUGUUUGUUGCAUUGUGGUUGAAUAUCUUCUUGGAGGCACUCUAAAAUCUUACCUGAUAAAGAACCGAAUAAGGAAGCUCUCUUUCAAAGUAGUCAUUCAACUAGCACUAGAUUUGGCAAGAGGAUUGAGUUACCUUCAUUCCCAGAAGAUUGUUCACAGAGAUAUAAAGACAGAGAACAUUCUUCUUGACAAGAAGCUUACAGUAAAGAUAUCUGACUUUGGAGUUGCCCGAGUCGAGCCUUUGAAUCCUGAUGAGAUGACAGGCCAAACUGGGACUUUGGGUUACAUGGCUCCGGAGGUUCUUAAUGGUGAUCUAUACAACCGGAAGUGUGAUGUCUACAGUUUUGGGAUCUGUUUGUGGGAAAUAUAUUGCUGUGACAUGCCCUAUCCUGACCUCCGGUCUUUGGAAGAAUUUUCAGCAGUUAUCUCUAAGAAUCUGAGGCCGGAGAUACCCAGGUGUUGUCCAAGCUCUUUGGCUAAAGUGAUGAAGCAAUGCUGGGACGCAGACCCAAGAAGAGACCGGAGAUGGAAGACGUAG